AUGGCUGAGGGCUCGCUCGCAGAGCUGGGGGUAGAUACCAAAGCUGUACCGUGCUCCAGUGUCCUGGAGCUGGAGGAACUCUUGAGGGAGGGAAAGGUCUCCUGCAGCCGAGUGGACGAAGUCUGGCCUAACCUUUUCAUAGGAGAUGUGACCACAGCAAAUAACCGCUUUGAGCUAUGGAAGCUGGGCAUCACCCACGUGCUGAACGCUGCCCACGGGGGACUCUACUGCCAAGGUGGCCCUGACUUUUACGGCAGCAGUGUGAGCUACCUGGGGGUACCAGCCCACGACCUCCCUGACUUCAACAUCAGUGCCUACUUCUCCUCUGCAGCGGACUUCAUCCACCGUGCCCUCAGCACACCUGGGGCCAAGGUCCUGGUGCACUGUGUGGUGGGUGUGAGCCGCUCCGCCACCCUGGUCCUGGCUUACCUCAUGCUUCACCAUCAGCUGUCCCUGCGCCAAGCGGUGAUCACUGUGCGGCAGCACCGAGGGGUCUUCCCCAACCGAGGCUUCCUCCGCCAGCUGUGCCAGCUGGACCAGCAGCUGUGGAGUUCAAGCCAGAGCUGA